AUAAAAAAACACCGCCUAAUAUUGGCAGUUUUUUCUCCUCAUAAACAUACUGGUUACCAUGGCAUUUUCACUAAACAGUAUUUAAUCGAUUCUGCUUGGCUACACACUAAACAUAACCAUGGCUGGCAAAGGUAAAGGAAAAAAGAAAGAAAAAAAAGAAAAGAAGGAAAAGGAAGAAGGAGAUAGUAAGAAGGCUAAGAAAGGUGGCGGGAGAGGCAAGAAAGGCAAGUCUAAGGGGAGAUGCAACGUGGAUAUGUUGACUGACGCGGCCAUGGACAACGUGUACUACGGGUGCCACAACGUGCAGGAGCUGCUGCAAGCCCGGGGGUUCCAUCCGCCGGACUUCAACAAGAAGAAGAAGAAGGGCAAGAAAUAA